AUGGGAGAGAAUUGCGGAACCUGGACGCAUCAGGUGCAAUUUAGUCAAUCACCCAAUUUGAAUUCUUUCUGUGCUCCCUUUGAUAUGGGGAAGCAAAAUGCUGCUGCUGCAGCGAUGAACCCGGGUGUCGAUAUGAAUAUGAAUUCAAGGAAUGAGGCGGGUUUUACGUGUCCUCCGAACCUCAUUUCUGAGGAUAAACUCCCUAAUGGUAGUCAUUUGAAGGGUUUUAAGGAGGAAACUACACAGAAUCGGGAAUCGGGCUUUCCUCAGAAACAGUUUCUUGUCAUUGAUCAAACCGGUGAUCAGACAACUCUCAUUUAUAGUUCGAGAUUCGGGAGACCUGUCGAGUGCCUUGGUUCAUGGGAUUCCAAAUUUCAUGGUUGUAACAAUUUGAAUGCGAAUAAUGAACCUUCUUUAAGAAGAGAUGUAAAUCAUGUCGUUGGAGUUGAACCAACUUUUGAUUAUAAAGUUGAUGAAAAUGAGAAUCAAGGAACCGAGAUUGAAAGCGAGAUGCACGAAGACACGGAGGAGAUCAAUGCAUUGCUUUAUUCUGACAGUGACGGUUAUUCUACUGAGGAUGAUGAAGUUACCAGCACAGGACAUUCACCCAGUACAACGACCACUCAUGACAACCAGGAUCCUUAUGGAAUUGGAGGAAUUGCUGAAGAAGUUGCUAGCUCCUCCCCUGGUAAGACAAAGAAACGUAAGCUUUUCGAUGUGGCUUAUGACGAUGUGCAGUUUAUGGAUACUGCAAAUUCUCUAAAACGGAACCAGCCCUGUGACCUGAAUCAGAACAAUGCCGAUGAUAAUGAUGCAGAAUCAAGAUGCUCUGGUAGCAAUUAUGGUCAAGGGUCUGGUGAAAUGGGUUCUUUAGCAUGCACCAAGAAGAUGAGAAAGGAAAAGAUUCAAAAUGUUCUAAGCAUUUUGCAGUGCAUAGUACCUAACGGGAAGGAUAAGAACCCAAUCCAGCUUCUGGAUGAUGCGAUACGUUGCUUGAAUUCUUUGAAACUCAAAGCUAGAGCUCUCGGCCUCAAUGCCUUGUAA